AGUGUUUCCUCUCAAGGAGACGCUGUGAACGGAGUUGGCUCAGCAUACGCCAUCAUGGCCAACAGAAUCGCAAACCGUGUCGCCGAAAUGGCCGAGAGCAUCACAUUCGUCGAGAGGUCAUACAGACCCAAGCCGCAACAAAACGGACAGAUUCUCAAUGAAGAGCCGGCCGAGAAGAAGCGUCCUCGCAAGCUCGAGAUGCGCCUCGACACCGGAAACGAUGUCAGCUUCAGCGCACCUUUCCUGGACAAUACACUCCAGAAGAUGCUCGCGCUUCAGAACCGCAUGCUCAAGAGCACAGCAGACCUGUCGAAAAACGAAUCCGUCGAUGAGAAGAUUGUCAGAGAAGCAGCUGCUCAGAGCGCAGAGCUGAGUCGCAUCAUUGCACUCAUCUGUGCGGAGAAGGCACGUCAAGGAGCUUAG